AUGUCAAUGCUAAGGCUGCUCCUCAUGCUGCUGCAGCUGCACUCGCCACAGACAAAGUACCAGCAACAGCAGCAGCAGCAGCAGCCGCAGCAGCAGCAGCAGCAACAGCAGCAGCAAAGGGAGAAGGGUGAGGCUGAGGAGUUUACGGCGUGGAAGAGUUCGGCUCUGCAGCUGCUGGGGGAGUUGCGAGCAGCAGAAGCAGCAGCAGCAACAGCAGCAGCAGCAGCAGCAGCAGGAGAUGACGAUGAGCUGCUGCAGCUGUUUACUGUUCCCGUCGGCCCAAAGACCUUAAGCGAGCUGCGGAGGAGUGCCCUGGCACAUCUGUUAUCCUCAGCAGCAGGUGCAACAGCAGCAACAGCAGCAACAGCAGCAGCAGCAGCAGCAGGAGCAGCAGGAGCAUCGCCUGCUGACUUUCAGAUAAAGGCAUUGAUGCAUUCGCCGCGAUCGAGAGGGAGGAGCCGUCCCCUCUAUCCUCUGCAUGCAUUUGGUUCGUUUUGUCUCCAUGAAGAUGCAGCAGCAGCAACACCAGCAGCAGCAGCAGCAGCAGCAGCAGCAGCAGAUGCUGUUGCUAUCUCUUGGGCUGUUGACUUCUGUCGCCACCCUCAGGCUUCUGCUGCUGCCAGCAGCAGCAGAAUACACAAACAUAAAAAGCGCUGCGGCCUUCUAUGCAAGAACGCCUGGAAGAGAGCGCGGCAAUACAACUUCUACAGCAGCAGCAGCAGCAGCAGCAGCAGCAACAGCAGCAGCAGCAGCAGCAGCAGCAGCGGCGAUGGGAUUGUUAAGGGCCUGUCCAUUUUCCCCUUUAAUGCUGGAGCAGAGCAGCAAAUGCUGCUGCACCAACACCCAGAGCAGCAGCAUCUGCUGCUGCUGCAGCAGCAGCAGCAGCAGCACCGACCGCUUCUGCAACAGAGCCCGCUGCUGCAGCAGCAACUGCCGCUGCAGCAGCAGGCGAUGCUGCUGCCAGCACCGAUGGGGCAGCAUCAACCGCUGCUGCAGCAACACCCCGAGCAGCAGCUAAUGUUGCAGCAGCAACACCACAACCACCACCACCAACACCACCAUCAUCUAGAGCUGCAGCAGCAGCAAGAACAGCAGCAGCAGCAAGAACGGCAGCAGCAGCUAGAACAGCAGCAGCAGCAAGAAGAAGAGAUGCAGGGAUAUGCGCUGCAGCAGCGGAGACGCAGAGACAAUGCGCUGCUCCACCCAAUGCAGCAGCAGCAGCAGCAGCAGCAGCGGCAGCAGCAGCAGCAGCGGGAACACCCGCAGCAACUGCUGCAGCAGCAGCCCACUGAAAGGCAGCAGACCUCCCUACAUCUGCCAGGGGAUCGCAGACCCCAGACUGAGGGCACAGCAGCGCAGCAGCAGAUGCUGCAGCAGCAGCAACAGCAGCAGCAGCAGCAGCAGCAGCAACCACAAGGACCGCAGCUACUAGAUCCGCGCCAUGCGACCCGAGAAGAGCAGAUGCUGCAACAGCUGCAUGCAAAUGAGCUGCAGCUGCAGUGGCAGCAACAGCGGCAGCAGCAGCAGCAGCAGCAGCAGCAUCCUGGGGAGGAAGCCACAGAGGGGGUAGGCAGCACUGGUACGGCCCAGGGACCGCAGCUACUAGAUCCGCGCCAUGCGACCCGAGAAGAGCAGAUGCUGCAACAGCUGCAUGCAAACGAGCUGCAGCUGCAGUGGCAGCAACAGCGGCAGCAGCAGCAGCAGCAGCAGCAGCAACCUGGGGCGGAGGCCACACAGGAGGUGGGCAGCACUGGUACGGCUCAGCAGCAGCAGCAGCAGCAGCAGCAGCAGCAGCCGUUGCUCCCCCUUAUAGAUGGAGUCAGAGGCAGUCACACCAGCAGUAACCACAGUUCGAGCCAGAACAGCAGCAGCAGCAGCAGCGGCAGCAGCGGCAGCAGCAGCAGCAGCAGCAGCAGCGCCGGGGAGGGAAGCCUCGAAGCAGAGCGUGUGGGCCUGGAGGCUCUGCAGCAUCAUCGAAGAGAUAGCGAGCAGCAGCAGCAGCAGCAGCAGCAGCAACAGCAACAGCAACAGCAGCAGCUGCAGCUGCAGGCAUCGCAGCAGAUUGAAGGCGAUGUGCCCACCACCCCAGAACAACCCAACUGGCACAGCAGCAGCAGCGAACGCUGGCAGCAGCAGCAGCAGCAGCAGCAGCAGCAGCACCAGCAGCUGCAGCAACAGCAGCCGGCACCACCCCAGAACAACCCAACUGGCACAGCAGCAGCAGCGAACGCUGGCAGCAGCAGCAGCAGCAGCCGCAGCAGCAACAGCAGCUGCGACAACAGCAGCAGGAGCAGCAGCAGCAGCAGCAGCAGGGCUUGGUGUUUAUAUCCUUUUGCCGGCAGAACUGAAGGCGAGGGAUUAUCCUUCGGAGAUUCGAGGGGCCGCAGCAGCAGUUUGCAGCAGCAGCAGCAGCAGCAGCAGCAGCAUGCAGCAGCAGCAGCAGCAGCUGCAGAUACACCAGAAGAAAAUGAAGAUACAGCUGAAGGCAGUUUAUAUCCUU